CGACAUGGCCUACCGCUACUCUUUAUUCUUUGGAUGUGUCAUGCACUCGUGCAUUUUGUUCGACGAAUGCGAGUCAUCUUUGUCGCGGGUGUGCUACAAGGUCCUAUUCUAACGCGAUUGAAGGCACGUACGGCGAUUCUCAAUAAACGUUUCAUGUUCUGGGUAUGUUGAUCUUGAACGGAGGUCGUUGCUGACAUAAUUUUAAAAACGUGCGUUCCUUUUUCGCUCUAUUUAAAUUAGUUGUAGUGCGUCAAAAAAAUAGGUAAUAUUUUAUUGGAAUUUCGGGCGGAUUGUGUUGAAUUUUUAUUUUGUAAUUGUGGGCACUUUAAGUGGGACAUGUCAUAAGUGGUUGGUUGUUUGUCUCUGAGAGAAUAAGAAAGUGAACAUGUAAAUAAUAAUGUCGUAUUAAGAAAGUUGUGUAUUUGGAAGCGAUAUCUCGAACGUGUAGAUGGAUUGAAAUAGAAUAAAAGUGAUUGGCCAUGAAGGGGUGGUUCGAUGCAUUUCGAUACGAUGGUGGGCCUACCCUUUACAGUUUCAACAAUCGUACUUCAGUGACCGGUGACGUCACGUUCAUUACGUUUAUCGCUACAUUUUGCACCCUUUACGUGGCAUUUCUAAUUAUUUACUUUGGCAUAAGAAAAGAGAGAUGCUCAACUUUUUGUGCUGUGACGUUGAGUUUAUUUAUAGGAGCUACUAUUUUAAUUACCUUAUAUGGAUCAGCGUGGCAUAUAACAAAAUCCCCCAUAGUAAGCACCUAUCAAGCAUUCUCACAAGAAAAAUUGACAGCUGAUAUUGGUAUUUACGUAGGACUAAAUCAUGUAAAUAUUACUUUACAAGCGAAUUCCAGUAAGGAAUGGAGUGAUAUAGACUUUAAUGAGCAAUUCAUGUGGGUGGACGCUAACCAAAUGCAGAGCAGUUUCAAAGAGGCCAUAAUAAAGGGACUACCCUUUCCUAUUUUGACUGUAGCAGAAUAUUUUACGACUGGCCAGGAUGGAUUGGCUUGGGGUCGGCAAUACAGAACGGCUGGAUAUUUUGCUAUUAUUAUGCUAUGGACUUCUUUUGUGACAUGGGUGUUAAUGAACCUUAUGCUAAUUGUGGUGCCGAGAUACGGAGCUCUUUUGAUGACCUUGUGUGGGUUCCUUUUGUUGUCAACUGUAUGUGGGUAUUUCGGAAUGUUACCGGAACCACCGCUUGUCGUCUACGUAGAAGGAACCAAGUUGAAUUUUUCGUUCGGCUGGUGUUAUUGGCUGGUACUCAUAGCAGGUGGUGUUUGCCUAUUAGCCGGCGUCAUAAUAACCACACUAGAAAUAAUCAAUCCGCACAGUUUUUCGACCAUACUAGAAGUAGAUUACGACACGCCAUUUGACAGACACGUAAUUAUAGAAGAUAGCAGGGGAAAACGAUUCGAAAAGAAGAAAACGAAUACUAGUCUAGAAGAAGCGAAUUCGUUAGGUAGAAUUUUGAGGAGACUGAAUUCCAAGAAUAAAGAAGAAGAAGAAACGAAUAAAACUAGUAAUACAUCGAAUACAAACGAAGAAUUUCGUCUCGAACCAAGUCCAUGGACUUAUCCUUAUAAAAAGAACGAUUCCUGUUCUUCAGUAUCGAUAAUUUCUUCUACAAUGUCAAUACCUGCUUCUCCAGUCUGCAAAGAUCAAUUAAGAUAUAACAUCGACCCAGUGCAGAUGUGGUGAUAACAUAUUUGAAACUUUAGUGCAAUCGUUUUGACUAGUAUUUAAAGUGAUUUUAUUGUGAUAUGUCAUAAGAAUGGCCA